CAAAUGUUCUAUUCCGUAAUGUACCAUAUCAGUUGGUCAACCGUUGUAUCGGGCGUGUUACGCUUGGGUAUCCAAGCCAUUUAUGUUUGUGCUUGGGAAGGCUUGCUUACGAAGACAUAAAUCUACUCGCUGGGUGCUUCCCUUCGUGCCUCGUCUCUCGAUAGUAGCAAUGGUAGGAAGAUGUAUCGGCUUGCCAGAGUGUCAACUGCGGAAGAUUGCGACGAGUUCCCAGCUCUCGCAUCUCAAGCUUGUAGCUACACAUGCAUGCAGUGCGACAGCUGACGACAAGAGAGAAACAAGGUCGGAACAAACAGAGCCGCGUUCAACGUUCGGGAAAGUAAAACUGUCGCCAAAACAUAUUCCCAAAGUGAGGCCUGAGGGUUUGUUUACAUUGGCUAUUCAGUCAACAAGUAUACAACUCCAACACGUCAGGCUCGUUUGUGGACAUCAAUGAACGCCACCCCACAGGGCAACGCUUAUAAAGGCUUACGGUAUGUCGCCAAGGCCUAUAGCGCUACUUGAGCGUAGGCCCAGUUGGGGCAGAGGAUGUCAGAAAAACUUGAGAAAUGUGAAGAAUGCAAGGGC